CAUGAAGUAAAUGAAAAGAUGUUAAGAACCUAGUGUCGUUUGAAGAAAUGUCUGUUGGGGCCAUACUUCCUCCUAAACCACCGUUCUCGAAGAUCCCCCGCUCAAAUCCAUGCGUCAACGUUUAUCUACCACAGCGGACCAAAGUAACAAAGGGCUUCCAUCUGACCAGUCCUCAGAAUCAAGCGUCCGAUCUCCCCCGGGAGCCCCUACAGGGGAGGCCACUCCUGUCCAGGGAGAGCAGCCAGCUGUACGGGCCCUGUAACUCUCCCCGCCAGGAAUGCGAGCUAGUCGAAACAAGCAUUACGGUGACGGAGAAAUACGUUGUAAAUCCGUACACCGAAUGUGACGACAGUCCUGCUGAGAGCAGCCCCCUGACACUAUUUGGGGAGCGUCUGAACAAAAAAGCUUCCAAAGUUCAAAGUCCAUCUUCCCCGAUACUUCGAACACGUUUGAGAGAUGAGGUCAAGACUUUACGUCAGAAAUAUUCUGAAAAACAGCGUGGAGAUGUCGGAUAUAGUAGAUUGAUAAGUUUUAGUCCAGACUGUUUAUCUCGCGGAAGCAUGUCCCCACUGUUGCCUCCUGCCUCUACUCAUUCUUUUGGGGUGGAUCAAAGUUUUUCUGUGGACGGACAACACUUAAACUGUGAUGGAGCUUCUAGAUCAGCAAGCACCAACUCAAAAGAUUUUAACCCAGGUUUCAUAAAACGUCCACGUUACUGCUGUGGGAAAUGUGAGUUACGAAUGCUCGAACACGAGUCUCUCAACAUGGAUUCCGAGUGUCCAUUCCAGGCCUACCAGCGACAGACCAAGAGCAGCCUUUGUUACACGAGUGACGUCAUGUCCCAGGACCUCUACUGUGGGCCUGACAUCGACCCUUACGUGUACUACGAGAGUCCCUGGGAUACUCAGAAAGAGGAUUACACCCUAUCUAAGCGGAGUAAAAGUGUCCCUGCUACAAUACGGCCGCCACAUUUUAUUCCAAACCAAUGGUCGAGGCAUCUCACCCAAAAUCAAAUGUUUCCAAAACAUGGAUCAUUUGAUGCAAAGUCGAUGUCGUCGAGUUCCAGCUCCACUGAUACUGUGCAUUCUGAGGAGAACCUGGAAGACACAGAGAGGUAUCUACAGCUGAACACCCCAGAACCAGAGGAUGGUGGCGGCACUGUGCUGCAAUCACCAGCACAGAACGCUAACCAUUACCACAGAAAUCAUAUGUACACCAUACCCAGAAUGGAAGAGGUGAUCCCUCAGUAUGGAAAAUCCUUGAUCCACGAGUCAGAUGAAAUGAAAACAGAGAAAAGGUCAAAAGCAGCAUAUGGAGCGUUCCAUUGGAAGGAAAGUUGGAACAUAAGGGAAACAAGAGUUGUUGCCCUUGACACAUCUCUUCAAAGUAUGAAUUCCCAGCUUGAAAGAAGUGAGACAAUGUUGACAAGCGUUGGAGAGAGGCAAACAUCGAUAAACGCAACCUCUGUUCAAAGUUCCUAUGAGGAUGAAGGGGUUUCAUCACAAGUAGCUGGUUUGCAUUCAAGUGAGGAUUUGCAUGACCUGUUACAAGGCUGUGUGCAUUCCUUCCGCAAUCUCUCAAACAAAAGCACUGAAGAAGAAGAGAGAGGAGCACAGGAGAAUCCCAGUACAUCCCCAGCAAACUUUGCUAAUGAUCUAAGAGUGCCUACAGAUAUUUGUUACCAGCCUAUUACAGACAAAAGAUAUAAUCGCUGGAAAAGAACCAAAAGAAAGGGAAAAGGAUUGAAAUUUUCUGUGGCGUCUGAUGACAGCGAUGAGGAGAAAGUGCCUGAAAGUAGCAGUCCACGAGAAAAUCGCCGCAGAAGGAAGAAAACUAGCGCUCACACAAGCCCAAGGUUUGAGGCCUCCUCCAAUGAUGCUAGUUCUGAGCCACUGUCAGACAUGGCAGUAGAAUCUGUCCAUUCUCAGCAUUACAACAGCCUAAGGUCCUCCUCUACCGAGUCCAGGGAGAGAUAUCUGUAUCAAGAUGGUGCAGCAUCAAACAAGCCGCCAUCUUGGAGUAGUGAAGAUGAAGAGGUUCCUGGUGUACUAACAAGUUUCCCCGCCCUCAAUAAUUACCAUGCCUCCGUGCAUGGAAUCAGCAACGCCUACAAAAUUCAUAGAUCCACACCAGAAAGAGGGUCAACAUUAAGAUCUCCUCCAUCUCAGGAUAACACAAUUUCUAUGAGUAAAAGUCCAAAUCAUCAGAUGGAGGAAGAAAGCUCAGAGCAGAAAAGGAAUGUGGAUGGUUCAGAGCAGAAGAAGGUGGAUAAUCUACAGUGGAAGACAGUGGAUAGUCAAGAAUGGAAGAAGGUGGAUAGUCAAGAGUGGAAGAUGGUGGAUAGUCCAGAGUUGAAUACAGUGGAUAGUACACAGUGGGAGAAUGUGGAUAGUCCAGAACAGAGGGUGGAUAUUCCUGAGGAGAAAAACAAAGAUAGUUCAGAGCAGGAGAGUGAGGAUUCAAGUACAGCAGGCAUCGAGAGUCCAGAGAUUGAGGUUCCACUCAUUUCAAAGGAGGAUCUAGUGACCAGGAAAUCACCCACUUAUUCCAGCAGCCUUGGUUCCAGUAAUAGCUAUAGCACCAACAAAAGCAACAGUCGAUUCUCAAACUCUCUGGCAAAAGACACCCUGGUGAGGAUGAGUUAUUCCAUUGGUGAGAAGAUCGUAAAAUCCAUGGCCGUGGUCCCAGUCACGUAUGGAAGGAAGGAUAUUGAUGUCUUCAAGAAAAAUAAACCUGUUACCAAAACACAGAAAAUAAAUCCAAAAGCAGUUCCAGACCAAGCCUCCAAGUCAAUAAAGGAUUCUACAUCAAAGUCAUUGAAGAAAAUUGGAAUUGGUCCACGAUUUAAGUAUCCUAUGAUAAAUGCUGAUGUUAUCCGUCCUCAACACUCCCAUCUCACCCUGAACCAUCUCCUACAGACCAUGCCACCAAAAACAAGCUCAAACUCCAAAGAUCUCAACAAAUCACUUCCCAAGGUCAAGAAUUCCAAACACCCAGUGACUUCUGUGGAAGCCACCAGUAAAACUCAGCAGAUUCCAAAAAAGAAAAACUUUGGGAUACAAAGAAAAAUUUCUCUUGCCUCCAAAUUUCCUUCAGUAGUGAAGAAAAAUCCAAGUCUAAAGUCUGAAGUCAAGUCGUCACCAAAACUCAGCCUGAUGACUCCAACAAUUUCCAAUCUUGAUUUCACUCCUGCAUUUACUUUCUCCAUGUUUGAGCUCCCUCGUGUAUACAAGGAUCACAAUACUAUGUUAAUGAGGAGAGCCUCUGGGUUUAUUAAUGGCCUGAUGUUGACUCACUAUAUUCCGUGGAACAUUAAGAAGCAAUUCAAACUUCAUACUAGCCACGACAUGCCAACAAAACAGCAACUGGACAAAGCGGCCUGGCAAUGGGCGGAGACCACGGAGCCGUCGGACAUCACAAACGAACACAUCAGUACCGCAUACAAGUUGAACCUUAAGCCUUGCAAAUUAGGAGCCUGUAAAAGAAAUUGUAAAGGAAAUCCAUUCUGCUUAAACUGCAUAGGCGAGCGCAAGUGGUUUGGCGAAAUCAAUGAUGACAGCUGGCAUGAUAUUGAGGAUCCCAACAAUGAGCGCAGACAGGGACAAGACUUCGUGGGGCUCAAAAACCUGGGGAACACUUGCUACGUUAACACAUUCCUACAGCUCUGGUUCCACAGUCCUCCCAUCCGACGAGCUCUGUACAAGUUCCGAGAAACGAAUAUGGGAGAUAAAGUAGAUGAUGACUGGAAACCUAGCAGUAUAGGAGGUCACCUCCAGGCUAUCUUCUCUCUCCUGGAAUUGUCGGAAAGAGCGUUCAUCAGUCCACAGGACUUCAUUGACCAUCUUGGUCUGGAUGCGGCUCUUCAACAAGAUGCGCAGGAAUUCUCCAAGCUUUUUCUCUCCUUGCUAGAGGAGUGUCUGUCUCAGCAGGAUGAUCCGUCGGUCCGCAAUAUCAUUCAAGAACAGUUAUGUGGGGACUAUGCCUAUGUCACAACCUGCAGUGGCUGUCAAAACUCAUCUCAGACACAUUCCAAGUUCUAUGAGCUUGACUUGCACAUUCAAGGCCACAAAACGUUGGAGGAUUCUAUCACUGAUUUCUUGCAUGAGGAGAAACUGGAAGGAGAUAAUCAGUAUAUGUGUUCCACGUGCUGCAGUAAACAAAACGCAAAAAGAGCCAUUCAGCUGAAAAGACUGCCACCAAUUCUCAAUCUUCAGCUACUUAGAUUUGUUUUUGAUAAGAAAACAGGCCACAAGAAGAAACUAAAUGGCUUCAUACAGUUUCCUGAAACACUCGAUAUGAGCAAGUUCAUGACAUCUAAUGGCAAUCAUACACAUAAUGACAAUUCACCACAAAGUGGUAGCAUUUACAGAUUGAAAGCAGUGUUAAUUCAUCGUGGACCCUCUGCAUACAGUGGCCAUUAUAUAGCCCACAUUCUGGAUGAAAGCUCCGGAGUUUGGUACAAGUUUAAUGAUGAAGAAACCACAAAGAUGAAGGGAUCCAAUCUCCAUCUUGGUACUGAAGAAGAUUUGCAGGAGACAUCGGCAAAACAGAAGGGGAAAGUGCCCAAAGGGUAUCAUUCUUCUAGAAAUGCAUACAUGCUGGUAUACACCAGGCAAAUGCCCAUGGAAGAAAAGGAUAAGGUUAUUGAUCUGAAAAUGCCAGACAAGAGUUAUCUUCCUCACUACAUGUUGGAUUAUGUGAAAAAGGACAAUGAAAACUUUGAAAUGUGGGUGGCAGAACUUUUGAUGAUGAGGGAACAGAAUAUAGAGAGUGGGAAAGAGAAACAAGAAGAAAUCCGACAAACAUUUAGUCGUCUUGUGGUUGGGACGGAAGAUCAGGAAAUCCACAAUUACGAGUGGAUCAGUCUUCCUUGGCUCUCUCAUUGGCUGGAAGAUCCAGGGAAGGCCAGACCAGUCAACAAUGAAAUGGCUUUGUGUCAGCAUGGGAAGCUUCAUCCAGACAGGGCUGGAAAGAUGAAAUGUGUGCAGUAUGAUGCUGUCAACAGUUUGUAUGAAAAGUAUCAAGGAGGGCCUCGCUUGCCGGGGGACAAAGCCACCUGUCUCAUAUGCGUACGGAGUCGAUGUAAAGUUCUCCGCACCAAGAGGAAGAUGAUUGAGGAUGAAAAAUUGUUUAGUACUAUGAAGAAAAUGGAAGAUCCUAUAGCAGAGCCUUCAUUCUGGGUUGGGAAGUCAUCCUUUAGGAGCUGGAAAAGACUUGUCUUAGAACAGCUAGAGGAUUAUCAUGGGGAUCGAGACUCUUUGGAACAGGGGACUGACAACGGAGUGGACCAUCCGUCCAGUGGAACGACGGAAAUCUCUGCAGACAAGAGUAUGGAGGUGCCAGACGAUACAUGCACUAAGGACAAUUGUGAGAGAGAGAGAAAAUUAAGUGAGGUGGAUGAUGGAGAUAGUAAGUCUGUUGACAAGACAGACAUAUCUGCAGCUGAUGAAAGCAUGGAGAGUUCUCUUCAGUUCAAUGAAGAUUUGUUAUGUGAGCUACAUGGUCAACUGGAUCCAGACCCUUCACGGAGGAAAUUGAUUCCAGAAAAGCUGUGGAUCCGAUUGAGGGAAUAUUUUCCAGAUUGUCCAGAAUUCUCGAGUUCUCAUCCAGUCUGUCAGAAAUGUUGUGAUAAAAAUAAGGAAGAGACAGAAAAUCAGAACACAAAUAAGAGAUUAGCGCAAGUACAGAAAGCAGACCUGGCCGACAUUUUUAACAACAAGAAACGCCCUGUGAAGCUUGUGACAGGAGAGGAAAUAUUCGUGGUAAGUUCGCAAUUCGUGGAGGAAUGGAGACGCUUCGUGAAAGAUCCAGUCAAAAACGAUCCCGUACUGGAGGUAAAGAAUAUUCGCUUGCUUUGUGAACAUCGGAAAUACAUGCAUCCACCUCCACAAAAUGGCGCUGAUCUGACGGAUAAUUCAGAGGUAGUAUAUCUCUGGCCCCAAGAGUUUGAGAAAGUGAUGGAACAUUUUGUUGUGGAUUACGAAGUAUCCGUCGUUGCGUAUGAAGAGGAGGACAAUUCUGUUCACGUGAUCACACUCCCUGAAAUUUGCCAAGAGUGCUUGCAGCAGCGGGAAAAUAUGAUAGAAAUGGCAAAGUAUGUCUAUAGGGAUGCGACAAUUUUCGUGCGGAAAGCUGUCAAGGACAAGCAAGGAGACGUGUCCUUAGACAGCAGUAAACAAGACUACCCCGAUCCUGAUUUUUGCGCCAACGAUCGCCGGAAAUCCGAAAGCGAGGAACCACCCGAGAAGAUGCAGAAACUCGAUGGCAACUCAUUGAGAAAAAGCCAGCGCCAUCGGAAAGUGCGAGGGGAAAAGGAGUUGAAAAUAUCAUCUGACCAGACAUUGAGGGACCUGAAGCUGCAGCUAAUGAAACUUUUCUCAGUGCCGCCGUUUGAUCAGAACUUGACAAUCGCCGGAGUCGCUUUAGCAGACGACAAAGCAACUCUCGGCAGUCUCCGCGUUGCGCCUGGUGACGUCAUCAUGCUGCAGGCAGACGAGCCGGUAGAGGAUCCUGGGGUUUUGCAGGAUCUGAUGAACGUCUCAGGCGUCCCAGAAGCUGGCUUUAAAGGGACGGGACUUCUAGGAAAGUGAGAACAGUGCUAUUUUUUUUGUAAAUGUAGUGUCAAACAAAUUAAAUUUACAUUAUAACAUGUAAUGACAAAACAUUGUGGUAUCGUGAUUUACAUGUAUAUGCCCGAGUUGUUUCCCAUUUAUCGUGAAAUUAUCUUCUGAAUUUGUUACAUGUAUGUAGUGUAUUAAUUACAUUAUUGUGUCGACAAUACACAAACGCACUAUUUUUUAAACCCAUAUUUCUGUCAGCGUGGUUCUUGGAUCUCAAAAUUUGGAUACAUCUGCCCUUCUCAUUUCAUGUCUUUUCCGGCACUAAAAGUUCUCAUUGUUUUAUUUAAUAGUCAUUGUGCAUAGCAUUUAUUUUGUUUUGUUAAAGUGAAAUGGUUUGAUUUUAUGAUUACACAAUCAAACAUUUAAAAGUUGUUUGACUUUUAUUUCG